AGAGAGAGAGAGAGAGAGGCGCUCAGGAGUAGUUUUCACAUUAUGACUGCGUAGACGAUGAACAAAAAAACUAAAAAGAAAACCGGACACUUCUCAUUAGUGUUUGACUGCGCUUCGUGUGCCAUGGGAAUACUGACGGGAGCAUCUUUUGAGAUUAAUGGACAUUGUGCAAAAUGAUGGCAGCGGUUCAUAAACUGAGACAGCACUCAAGCAGCAUUUCAUACAGAACUUUUUGAAGUCGGCUAAAUCAGUGCUAAAUACUGACGCAUGGAAAGUUAGUGGCUUUUUUGGACUGUGCGUAAAAGCGCAAUUUCUAAUGCGAGUUGUUUUGCUGGAUGUACUGUACUAUAUCGUUUUUAAAAAUUGGUUUUACUUUAAGUCAUGGCACUAUACUAUGUUUUUAUAUUUACUCUAUCGACUAUAUUUUUUCCUGGAAAUAUUUCUGGAGCAGGAACUUACGCACGAUACACUCAACAUGUGGAUCAAAGUCAGUCUCUACCAGCUGGAUCUAAAGUGACCAGUAGACAUAGGAACUGGUGUGCCUACGUAGUGACGCGGACUGUAAGCUGUGUAAUGGAAGAUGGCAUAGAGACCUAUGUGAAACCUGAAUACCAGCGCUGUGCUUGGGGCCAAUGUUCUCAUGUGGUUUUGUAUCGGACUUACAGAAAACCAAGGUACAAGGUUGCCUAUAAAAUGGUGACAGAGUUGGAAUGGAAGUGUUGUCAUGGCUAUUCAGGAGAAGAUUGCAGUGAUGGCCUUGGUGGGUCCUCUGUCACACAGGUCAACACAGGCAGACCUACUUCUACAUCUGGGUCUAACAAAGGACAUGGACAAAGUGGGGAAGCAGGGAGAGGUGACAGUGACAAAAUUAGACAACUUGAGGAACAGGUUCAGAGCUUGAAUAAAGACCUUCACAACCUCCAGUCCACUUUACACAAUAUGAAUAAGAAAAUACAUGAAGAGUCCCGAAGGGAAGGCGUUAGUGGUGGAAACAAUCUGGCUGAUGCUGCCCAGCCAGGAAUGAGGGAGACCAUCCACAGCAUCCAAACCAAACUGGAUAUGCUGGACAACAUGACACAGGUCCAUGACAAGACCCUCAUCACCAUCAACAACCACCUUGUGAGUGGUAAUGGAAAUGGAAACGAGUUAGACAGUCGCUAUGGCACCUUGAAAGAGGAGAUUCUCAGGGAACUGGAAAGGAGGGUUACGCUGUCCUGCUCAGCCUGCCAAACUGGAGUUGAGGGCAUACAGGGACAACAGCAAGAAGACCGAGAGAGGAUCCGAGCUCUGGAGAAGCACAUCAGUGUGAUGGAACAGCACCACCGACAAACUGUAGAGAUGCUUGAGAGGGAACUAUCACGUUCUCAGAGUUGCUGUGAUUCAUUGACUGAUCUAAACAGGAGGGUUGGUGCCAUGGACAGAAAGGUGAGUUCCACUGCAGAGGCGUAUGAUAUUAUUAGAGGACGUCUUGAGAAAGAGUUGAGAGGAACAGGUGGAAAUGGAGGCCGGGGAAAAGCAUUCGAUGAAAAGAUGAACAGUCGUCUUAAAGACCUGGAGAGAAGACUGAAUGGGACUGUUAGAAAAACAGAGCAAAAAUGCUCCCUAACUGAGACAAGUAUGAAGGAGUUUGUCCAGCGAGAGAUCAAUCAGAUCAAGAACUCUGUCCUCAGUCGAAAUAAUGAUCACGGUCAUAGAAUAUCUACUACAGAGAGAGAUGUCCAAGUCUUGAGGGAUUCUGUCAAUGAUCACAAAAAUAAUCUUGAAAGGUUGGGAAACAAAACAUCCGAUCUCGACAGCAGGCUUAAAUCGACAAUUAAUUUGUGCACUGAGACAUGCAGUCCAAAAUGGAGUGAGACAGAAGAUACAGUGAAAAGCCUGGAAUGGAAAGUCAUUGCCAAUGAAGAGGACAUUAAGACAUUUGAAACCAAGUUGAAGGACUUAAGUGUGUCUGGUGACUCCUUAAUGAACCGUAUUUUAGAUCUAAGUCAUGAUGUUGAAAAAAUAAAGGAUUUUACAGGGGACAAUGGAGAGCACAUCAACAAAAUUGUCAUAGAUGUGGAGAAUCUGGGACGUGAUUGUAGUGUUUGCAGUUCAAUAGAUGGUGAACUUCAUAAGAUAAGAAACAUAACUAGCAAUGUUUUUAACACAUUCCAGCGAGAAAUUGCUGACUUGCGCAAAAAAGUAGACUCGGAUGAAUAUGCUUGCUCGCAAGUAUGCUCAAAUCUGCAGGAGGAAGUGGGUAAACUCAAAGAAGAAGUUGAGAAAUGCACAGGGCAAUGCAAGAUUAGCAUGAUCGACCAUCAGAGUAAAAUAGAUGAUCAAAAUAAAAUAACUCGCAAACUUGGCAAAGACCUCAAGUCCAUUCAGGGUGAGCUCACAAGGGUAAUCCAAACAUUCAACUCCAUCAAUGACACUGUGACAAGUCUCAGUAACACCAUGAAUAGGCACAACAACAUUAUUUCUGAUCUUGGUACGUCUAAGGACAAAAUCAACUCUGAGUUAGAUCAGAUCCAAGAGGAUUUGAACAAGCACAUAAAAGACAGUAAAGGGAACUUUGAUGAUAUUGGGCAUGAUAUCAGUAGCUUUAACAGCAACGUGAUGAUCGAAAUAGGUGAAUGCAAGCAUUCUCGAGAUGGGCUGGAGAAGAGGCUCUUGAAAAUGGAGGGUGUCUGCAGCAGACUGGAUUCAUUGUCAGAGAACCUUCAGAGGAUCAAAGAGGGCUUGAGCAAGCAUGUCUCUGGGCUGUGGACAUGUGUCAGUGGGCUAAACUCCACAGUGAUCUCUCAUGGUGAAGCUAUCAACAGCAUUCAGAACACUCACAUAGAGAACAUUCAUGGCAUGAUGAACAACCUCAACUCUUCAAUACUACAUGUUCUCAAGGAGUUCCAGACCUUCACUGAACAGGACUUUACUGGACCUCCUGGGCUACCUGGUUCAAAAGGAGAGAUAGGAUCCAAGGGGCCACCAGGGCCAAGAGGACCUCCAGGCCGUGAAGGACCACAAGGGAAAGUAGGGCCAAUCGGACCCCCAGGCCUCAGAGGUGAACAAGGACCUCCUGGAGAGGAUGCCAAUGUCCCAAGACUAUCUUUCUCAGCAGCACUCACACGACCACAAGCUAAUGCAGGCACUAUUUUCUUCAACAAGGUCUUGGUCAAUGAAGGAAAUGUAUACAACCCUGAUACAGGUAUGUUCACUGCACCAGUAAAUGGGCGAUACUUUUUCAGUGCCGUCCUGACCGGUCACAAGAAUGUAAAGAUUGAGGCAGUCCUGUCUAAAUCCAAUUAUGGUAUUGCUCGUGGAGAUUCAGCUGGCUAUCAGCCUGAGGGUCUAGAGAAACCCAUGGCUGAAGCGAAACACACUCCAGGUUCCUUGGUCCUCUUCAAUAUCAUACUCCCCCUGCAGGAGGGAGAUACUGUGUGCAUUGACCUAGUCACAGGUAAACUUGCCCACUCUGUGGAGCCCCUUACAAUCUUCAGUGGCAUGUUACUCUACGAGGACACAGACAUAUUAUAAGAACCAUCGAAGGAGAUGUCAGGUGUAAAAAGUAGUAUCUGGACAACUGGUGAAAAUCCUAUUCAGAGACUUUUUUAAUGAGCAAUUUUACAUAUUUUUCAGUGAAGAAAGAAUGUGAAAUAUAUUUUCUGUUAUCAGAACAAUGGACUGAGAUUUUUUUAUAUGGUUACAUUUUGUACAUUUAUUCUUGUCAUGAAGGACAGAUCAUAUUCAUUUAUAUGAAGAGCACAAAUGCAAUUUAUUUUUGUUAACAGCACCACACCGAUAAGGACAUUAUUCCCUUCUCACCUUGAGGCAUUCACCACUAUGCUUGGUCACUAUAAUACACCUUAAGAAUAAAUUGCAAACCAUAAUUCAUACUUCAAAAGAAGAGAGAGACAGUGGGCAAAUGUAGAUCUGUUCAAGAUACUGUGGUGUGGUUUCAUUUUAAAAUUAGAUGAGUUUACAUUCUCAAAGGUUCCAUUCAGGGGUUUAUUUCUCCUUGAGAUGAAUGCCAUAAAUAUCACACAUGAUCUUUUCUAUUAUUCCCCAUUUCCUCUCAGUGUUAUUCUUUCAUAUUUGUGGCACAUUUUCUACACUUACAGUAACCUCCAAAUUUGGAAAAGUAUCUAUAAAAGGAUGAGCACAAAUAAAGCAGGCUGUGCAGUAAAGGAACAGUUUUAGACGUUCCAGAGGCUAUAGAUCAAGAAGCCUCUCUAACCCAUGCUUUUGUGACUAUUCCAAAGAAAACCAUCAAAGUUGUUUAAGCUAGAUGCAAAAUGAUUCCAUUCUGGCAAGCUUUUUGUCUUUGGAUUUUUAUUUUCUCCCUUCUCACUGCAGAUUUUCUCUAAAUGGACUAAUCUUAACAACUCAAAUGUAUUUUAACAGUCAGAAAUGCAUUUGUGUGACCUGAGCUGUCUUGGUGGUCUAUGCCUGCUUGAUGUUUUCUUUAAUACAAGGGAUUAAAAAGGACUUUGCAUUGAAGAGUGUAGCACUGUGAGACCAAACACUGACCAUUCAGUCCAUUUCAACCUUCAAAAGAGAGGAAUUCCUUAAAAGGUCUUGAUAAAUGUUACUUCACAAUGUUUCAUUUUGCAGUAAGCCAGCCAAUUUGCUUGAUUUGGAAUUGGGACCAGAUUACAUCAGCUGGCCAUUCAUAACCUGAACUUCACAUUCACAACCGAUAGUUUCAUGCCCUCUUUACCUCUCAUCACUAGCAUUACUAUGCAGUAUUAUAAUACAGCAAAUAAACUAUUUGACUAUUACACUA